ACCAUGGCACCAAUUCAACAGUGUUCUUAGAGCCAGCCACACCUCGGCAAGGUCUUUCUAACUUUGGAUAGCAAAGUUCAAGUGAACUAAGGGACACAAACUGUAAAAAGAGUCCCGAACCAAUAUAGAAGGAGAAUCUUUACCACACAAUUGACCUCCAAAGCUACUUGAAACAUUGCCUGGAACCUAAGAGGACAAAGAAAGGGAAAUGGACCAUCUCCUAUACUACCUGGAAUCUGAGCCAAGCCUGAAGAGAAAAUGACGGUUAGCAGCUAGAAGAUAAUAACACUAGCAAUGGAGCCCUUGUACGAGGAGUAUCUUGCACACGGUGGAACAAUAGUCAAGCCUUAUCACUGGUUAAACUUCUCUCUAGACUGCAUUAACUGUCCUUACCAUAUCCGGACAGGUGAGGAAGCAAGAGUUCCCUACACAGAAUUUCAUCAGAUUUUUAGAUUCCCUUAUGAGCCAACGCAUCCUUCAACAAAGCACCUCACAUUUUAUGAGUUAAAAACUUUUUCUGGUAGCCUGGUGCAAAAAGGACAUGCUAGCAAUUGCACUGGGAAUCACACCCACCCAGAAUCAAUGCUGUUUGAGAUGAAUGGUUAUCUUGACUCAGCCAUACACAAUAACAGCAGCAUUAAGCAUAUCAUUCUCUAUUCGAACAACUCCCCCUGUAAUGAAGCCAACCACUGCUGCAUCAGCAAGAUGUACAAUUUCCUGACGAUGUAUCCAGACGUCACUCUUAGUGUUUACUUCUCUCACCUCUAUCAUACUGGAAGUGAAUUUCCUGCCUCAGCAUGGAACCGCGAAGCUCUCAGGAGCCUGGCCAGCUUAUGGCCCCAGGUCACGUUGAGUCCAAUAAGUGGUGGGAUUUGGCAUUGUCUCCUCAACAACUUUGUUACGGGUGUCUCCGGAGCCAUUGCUUUCCAGCCCAUUUUAACAGGGAGAGCACUGGCGGACAGGCACAAUGCGUAUGAAAUCAGCAACAUAACAGGAGUGAAACCUUACUUCACUGAAGUUCUUCCCCAGACAAAAGAGAAUCAGAACACAAAAGCUGGGGCAGCUUUAGACAGCUAUCCCUUAAACAAUGUCUUUCCAGGACAGUCUUUCCAACAGACAAGUGGACAAUUGCAACCCAACCUGACUCCAGACCUCAGGAUUCCUGUUGUUUUUGUGUUGGUGCCUUACAGAGAUCUACCACCAAUUCAGCUUGGUCAAAACCCACAUAAACCAAGGCAUGUGAUAAGGCACUUAAAUAUGCCUCAAAUGUCAAUCUAGGAGAGCAAAGACUCAAAAAAACUCCCAUUGGAAGACUAGAGAAGACUGUGGAAAUCACAGAAAGGUCUGCAAGUAGCAAAGAGGCAGACGAAAAGAAGAAACAAAAGCUACUUUUUACGCAUACAGAAAACCAAUAAGCCAGAGGACUUAUUAAAUGGCAACAUUUAAUGGCAAUUUGAAAAUUCCGUUUUUUAGGUCUGACCAAGAUGGAGAUAAACUGAUGUAAUAAAAGCAAAACCCGAUUUACCAUAUCAAGAAUUAUAAAACUAUAAGCUUAAUAUAAUACAAAAUGUUGCCAUACGUAACUUGAUGUCACUCUUUCUUUUACUUUGAAAGUGACAGCAUGGCUGGGGAUAAUGGUGCAUGUCUGUAAUCUCAGCACUUGGGAGACUGAGGCAGGAGAUUUGCUGCAAGUUCAAGCCAGCCUGGCCUCCAUAGUGAGUUCAGGACCAGCCUGAACUGCAUGGUGAGACUCUGUCUCAAAAAAAAAAAAAAAAAAAACAAACAAAAAGUGACAGUAAUAAAAUGGAGUCAUUAGUACUUUGUUAGUAUUUUGAUUCAGAAAAAGAAUGUCAUUA